CCUUUUCCUGCGAAAAAAAAAAAACUUCGCUCCGGCGAACGGAACUCUGCUCUGGUGGCCGGAAUCUGGUUCUGCUCACCGCCGGUAGCAUCCUGAGCAGCUGUUAGAGAGAGAGAGAAUGGGGACGAGGACCAAUUUCUACAAGAAUCCCUCUUUCGCUUACAACAGAGACUUCGAUCUCUCCUCCGCUCUUCGAAACCUCAAAGCUUACAACAUCGUGACUGGAAGCGCCUCCUUGACGGAUGGAGAACCUUCGAACGACGAGAAUGCCGAGCGCCGCCACCAGCGGAGCCGCCGCCGCCGCCGCCGCCGGGACUCUGAAGCGCCGCGUGGCGGGAGCCGCAGCGCCGUGGAGGACGAUCGGCCGAUGUCGCACGAGGAAUACGUCCGAAAGAGGAGGAGAGAAACGAGCGCGGGUCAGGUUUAUCAGGAAUUGACUCCCGAUGUUCUGGGGGCUUCGAGUUCAGGUUUGAACUUAGUUGACUAUGCAAGCGACGGAAGCACUUCUGAAAAGGAUGAAGAGAAGGAGACUGAAAUUUGUGGUAAUAUUGUUGAAGGCGACCAAACCAAUGGGGAAAGCAAUCUAGUUAAGAUUAGAAGUGAGCAAAGAUUUCCCCUGCCUGGAGAACCGGUUUGCCUGGUGUGUGGCAAAUAUGGAGAAUAUAUUUGCGAUGAGACUGAUGAUGAUAUCUGCAGCUUGGAGUGCAAAGCAGUGCUUUUACAAACUCUUAAAUUUAAAGAGGAUCGCUUGAGCAACCAAAGUCCAGUCACAGCUUCAGCUGAGUUUGUUUCUGGAUUGUCUGUGCCUGAAGAAGAAAAUGAUACUUGGGAUUAUGUUCGGCACCGGUGGUCCAAUAGGAAAUCCAGUCUCUCCACUUAUCUAUGUACUACCUGCCAGAGGCCUGGGCACCUUGCUGAAGAUUGCUUGGUUGCAGCUGGACAAAACAAAUCAACUUCCAUACCCAAAGAUCUUCUGGGACUUUAUAGAAGAUGCGAGCAGAUAGGGAAAAGCUCAUCUGCAGCAAGGUGCAAUGAAUGUCAAUCCACGCAUAGUGUGGCGACUUGCCUUGACUGUAAUAGAGUGAUAUGUGAUGGUGCAGGUCAUUUGGAUGAGCACAUUAGAAUGAAUUCCUCCCACCGACGAUAUUAUUCUCACAAGCUCAAGCGUUUGGUGAAAUGCAGUAAAGCAACAUGCAAAGUGACAGAUAUCUCUGAUCUUUUGGCUUGCCAUUACUGUUUUGACAAAGCAUUUGACAAAUUCUAUGAUAUGUGUACUGCAAGUUGGAAAGGAGCAGGACUUGCUAUUAUAAGAGGGUCUAUUAGCUGCGAAGAUCAUUUUUCAUGGCACAGAAUGAAUUGUCUGAAUGCCGGUGCAGAAGAUAGUGCAUAUAUUGUCAGUGGGCAUCCUCAAAGGGGCAAGCGUGUUCAGAUCAGCGAAUUCAUUUUCUGAUCCUUGGUGUGGGAGAAACCAGGCAUUGUAUGAUUGCUUGGUCCCUGUACAGCUAUUUAUCAAGAGAGAGAGAGAUAGAGAGAGCGCUGUCGGUGCGACUUCAAGAUCCUGGUUUUUCAAGUCCAGAAUCAGUGUCAUUGAUGGAAGAAUGUGAUCUGACUUGUUGAUCAGCGAGAAUUGCAAUCUCUGACUUGUAUAGUUGUUCUUCGCUGCCUAUUAGUUUGUAGAGAACGCUAGCUAUGGAAUGUCGGGACUUCGUGUUUCCCAGUUGAUUAAAUCCAUCAGCAUUCUUCUGAAUGUUGUUAAAGUGUGCAAUACCUAAAAGAAGAAAACUAGUUGCUGUGAAUGACAAGGCUCAUGCUGUAGGGAAAUGACAUGGCUCAUGCUAUAGUGACUGUUUUUCAUUGAUCACGGUAUUCAACUCUGAGAAAUUGUUUUCGGCAAUUCUUUCUA